GAAUGCCUCGGUAAAGGAGCGCGGUUCCUGAAGAAGAGAAAAACUGGACUAGUCGUCGGCGCCGUGUCGCGUUGCGAGUAUUGUCUGCCCUGUAAAUAAACCCCCCACCUGGUUGUAGCGUUAAACGACGGCGCAUACUUGACUGGAUUUUUCUCCUUUAGCUCCGACGACUCGCAGCCGCUCGGUGUGUGAUCCAGCCGUGGCGUAAACCAGCCGUUUAGAAUCGUGCAAACAACGAGCCGUUAGCCUUGGGUUAGCCGUUAGCAUUGGUUAGCCGUUAGCUGCGAUGUCGGGUGUUGUGCGCGGCCCCGCCGGGAACAACGACUGCAGAAUUUAUGUCGGAAACCUCCCCCCAGAUAUUCGCACAAAAGACGUGGAGGAUGUAUUCUACAAAUACGGUACGAUUCGAGACAUCGACCUGAAGAACCGGAGAGGGGGGCCGCCUUUCGCCUUCAUUGAGUUCGAAGACCCACGGGACGCCGAUGAUGCAGUGUAUGGCCGUGAUGGCUACGACUACGACGGCUACAGACUGCGUGUGGAGUUUCCCCGGAGUGGCAGGGGCUCCAGAGGCGGGUUUGGAGGGAUCGGUGGAGCACCCAGAGGAAGAUAUGGGCCACCAUCCAGACGCUCCGAGUACAGGGUCGUUGUCUCGGGGCUCCCUCAGAGCGGCAGCUGGCAGGACCUGAAGGACCACAUGCGUGAGGCGGGUGAUGUGUGCUACGCUGACGUUUACAGAGACGGAACCGGAGUUGUAGAAUUUGUGCGCAAAGAGGACAUGACCUAUGCCGUUCGAAAGCUGGACAACACCAAAUUCCGAUCACAUGAGGGAGAGACUGCUUACAUUCGUGUGAAAUUAGACGGUCCCCGCAGCCCAAGUUAUGGAAGAUCACGCUCUCGCAGUCGUGGCAGCCGGAGCAGGAGCCGCAGUCGCAGCGCCAGUCGCAGUCGAAGCAAUUCCCGUGGCCGUGGCAGAGGAUCGCCCCGCUACUCGCCGCGGCACAGCCGCUCUCGCUCCCGUUCCUAAACCUUUCUACCACCGAUGUUUCACCCUUUUGAUGUACAUCCUCCUGUUUUUACCUCUUAUGAGUUUCUCCAGAUGUCAGCUAUUGAUUUUUAAUUUUGGCAUUUCUUGUCCUGAUGUCCAUGUGGAUGAUCUUGGUAUGUAGAUGUAUCCCGCCCCCAUCCCUUCUUCGAACCUUUUCCCUCCCUCUCCAGCUGCUUUGUCCUUUUUGUUUUGUCCCUCUCUCCUCUUCUUUCUGUCCUCAAUUUUUGCAAAAGUAGAAUUUGUGCUGUGUUGGACUUCGAAAACGUUGAGCUGUCAUGAGGGACACUCAAUGUUUUUGCAAGUAUUGAAGAUUGACAUUUUGUUCUUGUUUCUAUUUUUUUUAAUAGUGUCUCUCUUUGGAAAUGUGGGGUGGGCUGUUUAAAAGGGGAGCCCAAUGCUUAACUGUAUUUUACCCUUGUGUCUUCCUUUAGACAUCUGAAGAGAAGGAUUAAAGUGAUUUGGAAUAAAA